AUGGCGGCGCCGCGGCUGUGCUUCCUUCUCCUCCUCUUCGCGCUGGCCGCUUCGGGAGCUCCGGCGCCACCUGCAAGCGCUAAGAAAACUACGAAGGUGCCUGACGGGACUGCUGCAGAAACAGUUUUCUCCAAGUCAGUUUCUGAUGAAUCCACUUCUAAACCAUUUCCCCAGAAGUCAAGUGCUGAUGUUCCCAAGGAAAAGGUGAACGAGGCCAAAAUCUCCCAGGCUUCUGAUCAAGGGCCAUCGUCCCAGAAGUUAGGUGCUGAUGUCCCCAAGAAAAAUGUGGAAGAGUCCAAAAUCUCCCAGGCUUCUGAUCAAGGGCCAUCGCCCCAGAAGUCAGUUCUUGAUGUCCCCAAGGACAAGGUGGAAGAGUCCAAAAUCUCCCAGGCUUCUGAUACAGGGCCAUCGUCCCAGAAGUUAGGUACUGAUGUCUCCAAGGAAAAUGUGGAAGAGUCCAAAAUCUCCCAGGCUUCUGAUACAGACUCAUCGCCCCAGAAGUCAGUUCUUGAUGUCCCCAAGGACAAGGUGAAAGAGUCCAAAAUCUCCCAGGCUUCUGAUACAGGGCCAUCGUCCCAGAAGUUAGGUACUGAUGUCUCCAAGGAAAAUGUGGAAGAGUCCAAAAUCUCCCAGGCUUCUGAUACAGAAUCAUUGCCCCAGAAGUCAGUUCUUGAUGUCUCCAAGGACAAGGUGGAAGAGUCCAAAAUCUCCCAGGCUUCUGAUACAGGGCAUUCGUCCCAGAAGUUAGGUACUGAUGUCUCCAAGGAAAAUGUGGAAGAGUCCAAAAUCUCCCAGGCUUCUGAUACAGAAUCAUCACCCCAGAAGUCAGUUCUUGAUGUCCCCAAGGACAAGGUGGAAGAGUCCAAAAUCUCCCAGGCUUCUGAUACAGUUACAGAGUCAUCAUCCCAGAAGUCAGAUACUGAUGAACCCAAGCAAGCAGAGAACUUGAUACCUGAACCCAAAACUUCCCAUCAUGUUACUUCUGAGGAGGAGAAGGAGAAGGAGGAGGAGGAGGAGGAGGAGGAAGGUAAAAAGGAAAAGGAGACUGUUGAAGCUCCCCAGUCUGACAGUAAUAAAGGGAAGAAUUUGCUGGCUGGUUCACCCCAAAAGAAUGGAUCUGAAAGUAGUCAUUUCUUUGCAUACUUGGUGACCACAGCUAUUGUUGUUGCUGCAUUGUACAUAGCCUACCAUAAUAAACGGAAGAUAAUCGCCUUUGCUCUAGAAGGAAAAAAAUCCAAGUUAACUAGAAGGCCAAAGUCCAGUGACUAUCAGCGACUGGAUCAAAAGAUCUAAGGUAAACCCAGAAAUUCCGCCAUGAUGCUGGGUUGAAUAAGGACCUGUCCCGACAAUGACCCCAUUGAAGCACACGGGUGAUGUCCUGCCUUCCAUCAGUAACAGCCCUGCCCUAUUGGCUGUGCUUUUGUGCCCAGGGGAGGGAGGAACAGAAGUGCUUUUAAUUGUGCACAUGCACUUUGGUAAUGACCAACACCUUUCUUUCAAAGUCCUCGGCUGUUUGUAUCCCUCUCAGCUACUUGAAGUUUGACUGUGUUUUCCUGUAUUCUGACAUAAGAACCAAUAACGGGCAGUACUGUGUGUGUCUGUGUGUCUCCAUCCAAACGAUGUGGUAUUUACCUUCUACUGUAUCAGUUCAAAGGGCUGAACUUGUCUUGCCUGUUGAAUGAGCAGAUGGGCUUUAUCUCAUGCUAGAUUCCUGGUGUUGUCUUCAUAGCCAACAUGGUGGGUUUGUAGUUGACUUUGUGAAGGCUGUCGACUGCUGUCCAUGGUGUUGAAACAGACGCUCCGUUUGCACUAGUUGAGACACAUUUUGUUUUGCCAGACAGACCUAUCGGAUGUCUUCUGUCUGUAGACUGCAAUAUUGACAAACGAAUACUCAGUGUUGCACUUCUUUCUCGAGAUGUCAAGAGUAUGUGAAAAGGGGGAGUUCUUGUGCUUGGCUUGUGGCUUCCUAACGCCUCCUCUGUGCAAUUGUGUGGUAACAUUUCUAACUAUUAGACUAAAGGCCAAAUGAUUUGGCGUCUGCUGGUAUGAAGGAAUUCGUGCAAGGAGCGUUUAAUCCCCUCCUUCCUGGCCCAUUCUGAGCCUAGGUAAGUUUUUUGUUGUUGAAAGAAUCAUUACCAAUUUACUCGUGCCACACCCCCAUUCCAAAUGUCACAAGAGCAUAGCAGUGGUGUCGGGGCUCAUUCAAUCUACCUAAGGUCACAAAUAAUAGAGUAGUAACACGACCUUGUGGAUCAUUUUCAAAAAAAUAGACAUAUUUAUAAACACUUGCCUUUUGCAUCGUAAAUCCACCGUUCUAGCGUUAAUAGCCGCUCACUUUUGAACCCGUGAACUUAAUUGCUGUUGCAUAAAUCUAUACUUCAGAGCCCUGUUUGGGGGGCGUCACUUUUUAAAUGUGAAGGGCACUUGAGUAGAAAUAGAUAGCAUUGUUCACAAAUGCACUGAAGAAAAUGGUGGUUCAGGGGUGUGUGUGUGUGUGUCAUAGUAAUACUACACCUUUUCUUAAAACUGAAUGUGGAACUGGCAUUACUACGGGUUCCUGUAAUUCCACAGAGCAGCCUGUUAUGCGAAACAGCCUGUUCUUUUAGUUGAGUUUGUGUGGUGGCCCUUUGUACGUUGCACCAGUUGUCUUAGGCUAACUUUUUUUCUACUCGGGAUGAAGAAGCGAGGCAGGGUGUGUGGAAUGUGGAUUUAAAAAAAAUAAUAGUCUGCCUGAGGCCUUCUUUGAAUCUAUAUGCAUUUCCAGUCGAAACCCUUAAUUAAGGAAGUGGCGUUGCAAAACUUGUUAAGUCAUGCAAAAGCUGCAUUGCCUUUAAGCCAUUCCAAAUGCUAAAAGCCCUUUCCACACCCCAACAUUUCAAGCCUUUUUGCAGAAAUGCAGCUUGACUAUCAGGCCUGUCUCAUACAUGCAGCAGUCUGCACCUGUUCUUAACUUAAGGGUGCAUUCAGAACUGAUUCUCUCCCACCACACAGCAGCCAGAAGGGGGUGAAACCCGUUCCACCCCUUCUUCUGCCGCGUAUGUAGACUGGGCCCAAAUCACCUUAGGACAGGAACUUACGUUCAAGUAACUAAUGGUUCCUGCGGCCUUGCACAUAAAAGGUGAAAGACCUGCUCUCUUUGGAAGUGUAGGUGCAAACUGUAGUGACUGGGGGUUCUGUGUAGCCCUACAGGUAGCAGAAGUUGCAGAGGGUCAUAAUUGUAGGAUAUUCUCAGGCCAUGAAAUGGCUGCUUGGCUUACAACUAGUGAAUGACUGUCUCUUCCAGGGUAAAGUCCGUUUAUGGAAUGCAAUAGAAUUUCUGGCACUGAGCUGUUAAUGAGAGCACCGCUGGGUGAAUUCUGUCAUAUGGCGCUUGACAUAAGACGCAGUUUCCGUAAUUCAUUACAAAGACAUUUUUGGGAAUGCAUUUUCUCUAGUUUCAAUAUAUUUCUUGUUCUCUUUUUACUUCAGGCAUGAGGCUGAAGUUUCAAAUAGUGAAAGCUUGCUCGAUAUUCUCUGGUCCGCACUUUUUUUUUUUACCUCAACUUCAGAUGCGUCGAAUUCUUCUGUCGCUGGAUAGCUUCCUUGCCAAACGUUUCUUGUUUUCCCUUAGGUCAGUUCUCUCACCUGUUUGAAUCCAAAAGUGCGUGUUUCUGGUUCUGGCAGCUUUAAAAAAAUGAGACACUUUAAACGUUCAGAUUUGUUUUUAAUCUCGUUGUAAUCUCUUUUUUUUUUCCCUGCGUUGUGAUCUAAAUAAAUGGAUGAUGCCAAA